AAAACACCCGAAGUAAAACGAAAGGUCGGUCCUGUAGGACUGCCGGAGGCGGCCACAGCGCCAUGUUGAACGGAAUCAUCACCCUCUGUGGAGAUACUCUCGUCAAAGAGCUGUUGUAAACAAAGUGUUUUUCAUUUUCCAAAGAGGGCUCACCUGUCAAGAUCGCCCUGGCAAGAAGAGGCCAACUAGAUCCUCGGAAACCCCGGCCGGGGAGGGGGAACAGCCCCCCAACCUUCAGCAAUGAAGAUAAACCAAAAUAAGCACUAGCUGGCUAACUUUAGCCUGCUAUUCUAUAAAUAAGCUAGCUAGCCUGUUAGCUCAAGCUUUUCUAUCCGCUCAGACACCGGCAACCUGCUCCUAAAGGCCCGGUGUUGACGUUACUCGCCAGCAACAUUUUUUUUACGUGCACAGUUUAGCCGCUAGAUAAUUUAUUAUUGUAAAUAUCUGUAAAGCCGUGCGUUUGUUUUGUUUUUGUUUUUAUUUGCGAUGAGUUUGGUGCCGAAACCAGCCGCUGCCGUCGCCGCUGGAACUGGACUUGGAACCGGAACCGGGCCGUCACCCUCGAGUCAGCUGCGGGCCACCCUGACCCCAGUGCCGCUACCGCCGGGGACACCGGUGGCUCAACAGCCGCCGACACAAGUUUUCCUUAAUAUCUCCUCUAGGUUCCCAAGAGUGCCCCUGGAAGAGCGAAUCUUGUCCACACAGCCCGUCACUGCUGUCUACAGUGUACAGAGACCCCCUGGCCCCCCAUAUACAGCACAUGAAAUUAACAAGGGACACCCUAACCUAGCAGCCACACCGCCGGGUCACGCCUCCUCCCCUGGACUCUCUCAGGUAUCAGUUUCAACAGUAUCCACUGUGCAUCUGUAUGGUCACCCUAAAGGCUGGGAGGCAGGAGGAGGGUCUCCGUACACACCAGGGCAGAAUGCCGGCACGACCCCUCUGGUCUACUCUUCACCAACCCAGCCAAUGAACGCACAGCCUCAGAGCCGCCCGUUUGCCCCUGGGCCUCGUCCUACCCAUCACCAGGGAGGAUUCAGACCCAUUCAGUUUUUCCAGAGGACGCAGAUGCAAACGGCGCGGUCCACCAUUCCAAGCAACAACCCUCCCAUUCGGCCCACAUCUCAGACCCCCACAGCAGCGGUCUACCCCCCCAAUCAGCCCAUCAUGAUGACCAUGGCUCCUAUGCCCUUCCAUUCCCCACAGACAGCGCAGUACUACAUCCCUCAGUACCGUCACAGUGCUCCUCAGUAUGUGGGGCCUCCUCAACAGUACCCAGUCCAGCCCACUGGACCCAGUACCUUCUAUGCUGGACCCAGUCCAGGGGACUUCCCAGCACCUUAUGCAGGACCUCCCUACUAUCCUGGGCAGUCCAUCUACUCACCAUCUCCAUCCAUUAUAGUGCCUACACCACAACAACCUCCACCUGCUAAGAGGGAAAAGAAAACCAUCCGUAUCCGAGACCCCAACCAGGGUGGCAAGGAUGUGACAGAAGAGAUAUUAUCAGGGGUGGGCGGAAGUCGGAACCCAACCCCACCGGUGAGACGGCCCUCCUCCACUCCUACACCUCCACGGCAGCUGAACAGCCAGGUAGCGGAUCACGGACACGUGGACAGCACACAGCUCCUUCCUACACCCAUCGACUUGAAAGCAGAUGACAAGCCAAAACUAGAGUUUGCCUCGCAAAGAUCUGCAUCUCCAGGAUUGCGGCAGCCAGAGACUCCACUGGAAAGAAGAGAUCCUAGCAGCCCAGUCCAAGAGCCCUCUCCCCCACAGAAAACUGAGCUUCCCACCUCCGGCCCAGAAUCGGCCUCAAGUGUAGCUACAGCCCCAACUCCUUCCAUACCUGCCUCAACCGUGGAGUCAGCUGACGCCCCGAGCCCAUCAGCUGAGCCCGGCCCCACUAAAGCUAUCACACCAGAACCUGAAAUCUCUGAGCCGGAGAAAUCCUCCUCAGAGCAGCUCUCACCUCAGAGCCCGUCUACAUCCCUGGCCCAGCCUGAAAAGGUCAUCGAUGGGCUGACGGACACCGAUGCUGCUCCCUUGAGUGAAGACUUGGAAUCCCAACCCAGGGAAGUCUCUCCGUUGCUGCCUACUUCCAGCGUGCCCCAGUGCCCCAGCUCGGAGCCCAGUCCCAUCACACUGGCGCUGGAGGCCGAGUCUGCCGCGGGAAAGGCGGAUACUCCCUCGCCUCCUGCUGAGGACAGCACUGGAUGUCCUGUCGCCCCAUCCCUCUCCACCUCCACUACUGCUGCUAUCUCCACCACACCUGCUCCUCCUCCAGGCCUCACACACCCAAGUCAGGUUUCUGCAGGAUCAGCCAAGAGACCCUCUACAGGAGCAGAGCUCAAAGAAACAGGGAAGGAGACCGAGGCCUUGCCGGACGAGAGAGGCGAGCCCUUCUUGCAGUCCAAAAAAAGCUCAAGUCAAUCUACAUCUAGUGCACCAAAGACCUGGAAGAAGCCAAAAGAGGACAUGCCUGUAGAGCAAGAUCAGUGUCUAGAUAAAGAGGAGGACAUGGAUCAGCCCUCUAUGGAACCUGCUGCAGAGAGCCCCAGUCCUCCUCCUGUGGAGGUGGAGAGGAGGCCGUCAGCAGGAGCUGUGCUUGAGGAGAACGGAGAACAGGAAGUAGAGCCUCUGAGAAACGGGGCUGAACACGCCUCUGAAACUGAAAGCAGUGACAGCAUCCACCUGUCUGCAGUCAAAGAGCCACUGAUCAAAGCAGUGCUGCCACAGCCUGCAGAGAAGAAUGGAAAGAAGCAGUACGACAGAGACUUCCUGUUGGGCUUCCAGUUCAUGCCUGCAUGUGUGCAGAAACCAGAGGGGCUUCCUCCCAUUUCUGAUGUUGUUCUAGAUAAGAUUAACCAAAAUAAGCUGCCCAUGCGGCCGGUAGACUCACGAGUGAUUUCCAGAGGCCCAGACUUCACGCCAGCAUUUGCAGAUUUUGGCAGACAGAUUUCUGGAGGCAGGGGAGCACCGCUGCUGAAUGUUAGCCUGCGUCGACCACCUGGACGCAAGAUCAUCACAAACGUGUCGGUGAAUGAUGAGGUGCAGCUGAGGACAACAGAGAAUGCCUGGAAACCUGGAAUGAAGCGGGAAAAUGUCAUUGAAGAGCCAGAGACCCUGAAAUCUAAGGAGCUUUUCCGAAAAGUGCGUAGUAUUCUCAACAAAUUGACGCCACAGAUGUUCAGCCAGCUGAUGAAGCAGGUGACUGACCUCACCAUCGACACUGAGGAGCGGCUCAAGGGUGUCAUAGACCUGGUUUUUGAGAAAGCCGUUGAUGAACCCAGCUUCUCUGUGGCCUAUGGCAAUAUGUGCAGCUGUCUGGCCACGUUAAAAGUGCCCAUGACGGAUAAGCCCAACAGCACUGUGAAUUUCCGGAAGCUGCUUCUGAAUCGCUGUCAGAAGGAGUUUGAGAAGGACAAGGUGGAUGAUGAUGUCUUCGAGAAGAAACACAGGGAGCUGGAGGCAGCCAAUUCAGCUAGCGAGCGGGAGAGGCUGCAGGAGGAACUGAACGAGGCGAAAGAUAAGGCCCGCAGACGCUCCAUAGGCAAUAUAAAGUUCAUCGGCGAGCUCUUCAAGCUGCGGAUGCUGACAGAGGCCAUCAUGCACGACUGCGUGGUGAAGUUGCUGAAAAACCACGAUGAAGAGUCAUUGGAGUGCUUGUGCAGGCUGCUCACAACUAUUGGCAAGGACCUGGACUUUGAGAAAGCUAAGCCACGGAUGGAUCAGUACUUUAACCAGAUGGAGAAGAUAGUAAAGGAGAAAAAGACUUCUUCACGCAUUCGGUUCAUGCUGCAGGACGUUAUUGACCUGCGACUGCACAAUUGGGUGUCUCGGAGAGCUGACCUGGGCCCCAAGACCAUUGAGCAGAUCCAUAAAGAGGCAAAGUUGGAGGAGCAGGAGGAACAGAGGAAGGUUCACCAGCAACUCUUGUCCAAGGACAACAAGAGGAGACCAGUGGUGCAGAGAGAGGAGACCUGGAGCACUGUGCCUAUGACUAAGAACAGCAGAACAAUAGACCCCGCUAAGAUUCUCAAGAUCUCAAAGCCAACAAUAGAUGAGAAGAUUCAGCUGGGACCAAGAGCUCAGGUGAACUGGGUGAAGGGCAGCAGUGGAGGAGCUGGAGCCAAGGCCAGUGAGUCAGAUGUCUCUCGUCCCAGUGCCAGUUUGAACCGUUACUCACCCCUGCAACCCUCAGCACCCCUGGCCUCCUCUUUACCCUCUACAUCCCCAGAUUUUGAUGCCAAAAGAGUUCUCAGCAGUCAUGGAAGCUCAGGACGAGAACAUAAUGACAAGCCAUUGAGUGCGUGUCCCGCUCGGACAGGGCCCAUCUCAUUGGGUAGCAGCAAUAAGGAGGCUCCUGAGGAGUCGGUCCAGGAAGUGUCCCGUAGAGACUCGAAUGCCUCAGACACGCCCAAGCUGCCCGCCAGCACUGCAGACAAAAGCAGACUGGAGCGUAGCCAAUCCAGGGAGUCUGCUGUUAAACUUGAAGUACUGUCAGGACCCUCUCCAGACAAGCCUACAUUAACAGAAGAGGACAUGGAAAGGCGGUCCAAGUCCAUUAUCGAUGAGUUUUUGCACAUUAAUGAUUACAAGGAGGCAGUGCAGUGUGUGGAUGAACUAGAGCAACCUGCCAUGCUCUAUGUGUUUGUGCGGGUGGGUGUGGAGUCCACGCUGGAGAGGAGUCAGAUCACACGAGACCAUAUGGGUCAGCUGCUCUACCAGCUCCUGCAGGCUGGAAUCCUCCACAAACUUCAGUUCUUUAAAGGGUUCUCUGAAACUCUUGAAUUAGCAGAUGAUAUGGCCAUUGAUAUUCCCCAUAUAUGGCUGUACCUUGCGGAGCUGGUGACCCCUGUGCUUCGAGAGGGGGGAAUCUCUAUGAGAGAAUUAUUUAGUGAAUUUAGCAAACCAUUACUCCCUGUGGGAAGAGCUGGGAUAUUAUUUUCUGAAAUAUUGCACCUUCUAUGCAAACAAAUGAGCCAUAGGAAAGUAGGAUCAUUAUGGAGGGACUCUGGGUUGAGCUGGGCAGAUUUUAUACCUGAAACGGAGGAUGUGCACAGCUUCAUCACAGAACAUAAACUGGACUUCACACUUUCUGACGGCUCAAACCCGACCGAGGCUGUCUCUAAGAGAACACUCUCACCUGAGGAACUGAACAAGCAACUUGAAAAACUACUACUUGAGGACAUGGCUGGUGAUGAACGAAUCUUUGACUGGAUUGAGGCCAAUCUAGAUGAAUCAGAAAUGAGUUCACCUCCUUUCCUCAGAGCUUUAAUGACUGCUGUGUGCAAGGCAGCAGUGAAAACCGAGGGCUCCUCAUACAAAGUGGACUUGUCCAUAAUCAAGAGGAGAUUGCCUGUAUUACACAAGUACCUUAACUCAGACACAGAGAGACAGUUGCAAGCACUUUACGCACUUCAAACAUUUAUAGUAAAACUGGACCAGCCUGCUAAUUUGCUCCGGAUGUUCUUUGACUGUUUGUAUGAUGAGGAUGUGAUAUCUGAAGACGCUUUCUAUAAGUGGGAGGUCAGUAAAGACCCUGCUGAACAGCAAGGCAAAGGUGUGGCCCUGAAGUCAGUCACCGCUUUCUUCACGUGGCUGCGCGAGGCAGAGGAGGAGUCCGAGGACAAUUGACGAGGGGACAAACGGACACAUUUGCCAACUAGUCGCUGAAACAAUAACUGCAUCAAAUUAAAAUGAAACAUAACAAGCAACACAUUAUGCAUCAGGAUGGCUGGAGUGCAGCAAGAUUUGGAAUGGUACAUGCAGCGACCCUAUGACGACUUGCAAUUGCUGGAGCACUAAAACAUUUAUUAUUUAUAGAAAUGUUGCAUUUAAGUUUUUUUUCUUUUGUUACUUUUUAAGAGGACUUUAAUACAAACAUGCAACAAUGAAACAAAACAUACGUUCAGACUCGUUAAUUUAUAUUUUUUAAGAACUGCAUACACAAAAGGGUAUUUAACAUUUGCAGAGUCACAACGAGCGGUUAUUGGUGGAUAGAGAAAUAAUCAUCUUAUUAUUAAUAUAAUGACAGUAACAAUAAUUAAACAACUUCUGUGAUUUUCAAAUUGUUGGAAAAAGUUUGUUGGUUGAGCACAGAGAAGACCUGGUCUGCGUUUAGUACAUCAGUACUGAAGUGUUUAGUACAUGUUUACGGUUAUUAUCUCAAUAACCAUACCAAAUGUUCCUCUGCUUUAGCUUGCUCUUUGUGAAACAUUUCAUCUGGCAGGAACUAUGCAUUCAGGGGACUGCUGGGAUCACAUGACGAGAGCUCAGAAUGGAUGUCAAUGAGCAGAUGGUGACAUGUACAAAACAACUAAGGAGACGUUGCUGAACCUGAAGUGCUUGUUAUUCUUCAUACUGAUAGAGCAAAUUUAAAGCUUGUAAAUAAACGAAAGACAAAAAAGAUUCAUAAAAGUGCAAAACGUGGUGAUGGUGUGGAUUUUCUACAGUGUCAG